UAUGCAGCUGUAGUUGUCAUAUCAGCUUGUGUAGCAGCCAUUCCAGCUGCACUGAGAGUUCACAAUCUCACCCAUUGGUUUCACUUAGCUCUGGUGGUCUUAGUGAGUGCCUGUCCCUGUGCCCUUAUCCUCUCCACCCCGGUCGCCGCCUUCUGCGCCCUCACCAAGGCCGCCAUGGCCGGUGUUCUCAUCAAAGGCAGCGACCACCUUGAAGUUCUUGCAAAGAUUAAGGUUGUAGCCUUCGACAAGACUGGCACAAUCACUAGAGGUGAAUUUGUGGUGACAAAUUUUCAAGCUCUACGAGAUGAUAUCAGCUUCCACACCUUACUUCAUUGGGUUUCGAGCAUUGAGAGCAAAUCAAGCCAUCCAAUGGCAGCUGCCCUUGUCAACCAUGCAAAGCUGCUUUCUAUUGAUAUUAAACCUGAAAAAGUUGAGGAAUUUGAGAACUUUCCUGGAGAAGGUGUUCGUGGGAAGAUUGAUGGGAAGGAUAUUUACAUUGGAACUACAAAAAUUGCUGCCCGAGCUGGCUGCUCGUCAGCUAUGAAGUUAGAGGAGGAAAUGAAACAAGGCCAAACCCUUGGAUAUGUAUUUUGUGGGGAGAUGGCUGUCGGAUCCUUUGGUCUUUCGGAUUCUUGUCGGUCAGGAGCUAAAGAAGGCAUGGAGGAGCUCAAGAGUUUUGGCAUUAAAACAGCUAUGCUCACUGGGGACUGUAAUGCAGCCGCCAUGCACGCCCAACAACAGCUGGAGAACGCGGUUGAUGUGAUCCAUUCAGAGCUUCUUCCAAAGGAGAAAGCAAAUGUGAUAAAAGAAUUCAAAAGGGAUUAUGGAGCAACCGCCAUGGUUGGCGAUGGCUUAAAUGAUACCCCAGCAUUAGCCACAGCUGAUAUUGGCAUAUCAAUGGGCAUUUCUGGUUCACCUCUCGCUACUCAAACUGGGAAUGUCAUCUUAAUGUCAAAUGACAUCACAAAAAUCCCACAAGCCAUCAAAUUAGCAAGGAAAUCUCAUGCAAAAGUUGUUCAAAAUGUCAUUUUGUCAAUCACUACCAAGAUUGCAAUCCUUGGCUUGGCCAUCGCCGGACAUCCGCUCGUUUGGGCGGCCGUUCUCGCCGAUGUCGGUACCUGCCUAUUGGUCAUCUUGAACAGCAUGCUUCUCUUGAGAGGAAGUGAUCAUAAACAUGGGAACAAAUGUUGCAAAUCUUCCAAGCUGUGUUCGACCAAACAUGGACGAUGUGAUGGCAGUAACACUCGACCGUCUCAUCAUCAUCAUCACGAUCAUCAUCACCAUGAUCAUCGAUGCCAUGUCGUCGAUGAUAAAUCGCCUAGUCGAGAUAAUCACAAUCGAGAUUGUGGGGAUAAAUUUCAUCACAAUCAUUCAAAUAAUGGGAAUUGUUCAAAGAAAGUGGGUGAACCCAAUUGUAAUUGCCACUCACAUCAUCACGUAGCGAUUGACAUUCAUGAAGGUACGAGAGAGUAGAGAAGAAAUAAGAAGUUUCUUAUGAAGAAGUAAUGAUUGGUGGAGUAUGAUGGGAGAGAGAAUAUGAUAUGAAAUAAGGCGCCUUAGCCAACGAUUUCGAGGUAGACGACGAGAGUGUACUCUAUAUGUUGUUUCAAGAUGACAACUAAAUAGAGUAUUAAUUCUCGAAUUUAGAGAUAUUUUAUUGUAUUUUUCCGUUCCUAUGGCUUUCUUGUCUUUAGCUUUGCAUGUUAGAGUCAUUCAAUUAUCAAUAAGGAUGAAAUUGACCAAACACUUUAUGCUAGUGACAUGGUACAAAAAUGAAAAAGUUGUGGUUA